GAAGGCAUUUUAUUUGUGUUCGAAGCUGCUGACAAAGCAGUUGUUUCAUAAAACGUCUAGAUAAGUUAAGUUAACAUUCACAAUAUAGAAUAGAAACGCGUUUAUUUGAUAUUCAUACGACGGUCAGGGAACAGCCAAACAAUUAACAAAAUGGUAGAUGUUGUAUUAAGAAUUACCUUGGGUUUGUUUGUAAAAAAAGCUCGAAGUUUGUUGUGCGAGAAGCUUAAAGACGGUGGUUUAAACUCUCAGGAGCUUCGUCGCUUAAUUAUGAGCAAUCUUCAAGAUAUCCAAACGCAACUCACUGGCCUGGCUCGUGGUAAUCUUCUUACCAGUGCGAGUAAUCUUCAGGAAGGAUUGCGAUUAUUAGAUGCUUCGGUGCCAGACGAACCAAACACCCUAACACUUCCGCUUCAACAAGACGACAAAACAAGCAAGCUUGAUCAAGGCUCUUCCUGUAGAAAAGAUUCACACCUUGACGUGGAUGCAGUCUCUGGACUUACAGAAGCUAUCGAUAAGAUGAAGGUAAAUUCCAGCGACCAUUUCUUAUCCGCCAUGGAGUCGUUCAAGAAUGCCAACACGGAAGCAACCAAAGCAUUCCACAACGAAGCUCUGAGCGUUGAAGAUCGAGUUCUCGCUACGAAACUUCGCGUCCAAAGCAGAAUUCUCCUCAGCCUUGAAAAUGCCAGCCUCGCAAAGGAGCCUUGUAGAUUGUACUUGGAGGAACUACAUGGCUUAUCUUCGAUUGUGGAAAUAUUUCACAACGAGUUUGAAGGUGGGAUGCUGGCGUUAUUGAACAAAGAAAAACGACACGAACUUGUCCUUUCUGUGUCUGCGAUUAACGUGGUUGUGUUCAAUUUUUUGAAAAAAUUUACCGAAGCUCCAAUAUCUUUAUAUGACUGGCCGAAUCUGAAUAAAAGCGCAUACAAUCCUUUGAUUCCAGACAAAAAUAUUUGUGUGGAAUUACAAAAUUCCGAAAUUAAAAUACCUGGUCUAUUCGUGGUUGAAAACGUCGAUAGAAAUAUUAGCAAGCAGCAUAUUAAUUCGGUUACCGUGAACAGUGAUGGACAGUUGUUUUUGGGAACCAAAGAUUUUAGAACUGGGCAGGUUACUUUUUUGAAAAUAGCAGUGAAUGAUGUGAAAAUCCACCCAUUCCAGUCACAACACCAGUUUUUCGUAGCGAUUGACAGUUACGAUAAUAUCUAUGUGUUAACAGAUAACGAUUGCCCUCCUGAAGGAUCUGAUUCGUUAGUACCCAUACCUUGCACGCUGUUUGCUUUUGAUUCGAAAGAGAUCGAAACUAACCGUUUUGAAGUUGGUAACUGUGGGUCGUGUGACAAAUCGGCACUUGUUCCAACCCCAGAUGGGUUUGUUUUGGUGAAUUACAAUGAGGCAACAUCCGCAGAGGUGGCAUUCUAUCGGAACAACGGAGGAAAAGCCCAACGCACAUCAAGCUUUCCAAUCAAGAUAUCGUGGGAGCGUUUACUCUGCACAGUAACCAAUAAGUACCAAGUAGUCGUGGUAGAGGAGGGUGGUUUUCAUGUUCAUGUCUAUGAGAAAGAUGGUCAGGUAACGCGAGAAUUUGAAUUGUAUGGAGGAAAGGAUGAGUCUUGUGUCAGCAUCGCUUUUAAUUAUCUCACGGAGGAAGUAGUUUUCGUCACGCGUGUUGGAAGUUGGUACUUUUUGUCCACUUACGUGAUUGAGUCAGGCGAACGUCGCCUAAGCACAAGAUUGACGCUGUUUGGUAAAAUUAGUUCCGAAGAUAUUAGAUACUAUUGGAAGCUCAAAUCACCUCAUCUAACAUCGCACUAUAAGGGACCCAUGGCCUUAGUUUCUAAUGAAUACGUACUUUACAUUCAAUGAUAAGAGAGGUCAAGAUGCUCGUGGCGGUGAGAGAGAGGGUUGGGAAGAGGGAACCCUGCAUGUUAUCAAGUUUGGUUCUAAGGCAUUAGGCUGGAUUUCUCAUUUCAGAGAAAUAUAGUUUGCAUGAAUUUUUAUUUAAUCGCAGUAAAAACAUUAACAGAUGAAUUAUUGACAAUGAAUUAAUGAAUUUAACUAGUUUAUAUAAGUUUAAUGUGUGGAAAUUACUCAUUGGUGAUUAGCAUUGAUUGGUAUAGUAAUAAUUUAAAUGAUAUAAAGCUAGCUAUAUAGCAAAACAAUAAGAAACCCCGCGGUUCUUGACUACUUUGUACUAUUAGUUGUAUUCAACGAAAUGUCUUCACAUAUAUGUACUAUUAUUAUACAAGUCAUACACAAAUAUAUGAAAGCCAGCAACAGUUGAGAAACAUUCGUCAACUAUACGUCCUCCAAUGUUUUGACGAAUAAGGUUCGGAGGUAGCUGACAAGGUCGAGCGGGGUAAAUGCGUAUCUAUAAUUAUGUGGUAGUGCGUGUGAGUAAAUAAAGUAAAUCAUUUGAGUUCUUGUGCCAUUUUCCUCGAUUUGAGAUAAUCUCGAGAGGAUGAGAAAGUCUUACAUACGACUGGAAAUCAUAAACAAAUGAAUUCAACUAUAGGAACAGUUGAUAAAAUACGUGAACAAAAUGUUA